ACAAUGAGAUUGGACUUCCUCUGUGUGAGCCGGAACUGGAGGCUGACUAAAAAUGCGGAAAUCAGAACGUGGUGUAUGUAUUUACAUUCUCUGUAUUGACUGCAUUUUCAGUGGAGCGUCGACAAGUCACAAGUGGAUUCACGCACAGCACAGCACAGCACAGCACAGCACAGCACAGCACAGCACAGCGUGCUCGAAGUGUACAGCGGAAUACACGACUUGAGCUCACGGGAAAGAAAGAGCGAGACUGUUGAAAUCAGUAGAACAUCGUGUUCAUGCAUUUUAAAUUUGUAAUGUGAAAAGCUGUGUUUCUCCCCCGAGUGGAAAAUGUGGUUGAAGCCAGAGGAAGUUCUGCUGAAAAACGCUUUGAAGCUCUGGGUGACCAAGAAAUCCAACUCGUAUUUUGUUUUGCAGCGCAGAAGGGGACAUGGAGAUUGUGGGGGCAAAAUAACAGGUCUCUUAGUUGGCGCUCUAGAUGCUGUGUUGGACUCCAAUGCCCGAGUCGCCCCCUUCCGAAUCCUGCUGCAGGUACCAGGGUCGCAGGUGUACUGGGCCAUCGCCAGUGGUGCCGCGGUGGAGGAGAUAAACCAACACUGGGAUUGGCUCACGCAGAACCUACUCCACACCCUGCCAGUCUUCGACAACAAAGAGGACAUCACCAGCUUCGUCAGUGGCAAAAUCAAGGGGCUGAUCGCAGAGGAGUCGAGGAGCAAGCUGGCUGAGCAGGAAGAGGAUCCCGAGAAGUUCCGAGACGCCUUGGUGAAAUUUGAGACACGCUUCAGUCUCCCCAGCUCGGAGAAGCUGGUCACCUACUACUCCUGCUGCUGCUGGAAGGGGCGGGUCCCCCGGCAGGGCUGGCUCUAUCUCAGCAUCAACCACCUCUCCUUCUACUCAUUUCUACUGGGCAAGGAAGUGAAACUUGUAAUCCCCUGGGCUGACGUCACAAAGCUAGAAAGGAGCUCCACCAGUUUCAUCACGGACACCAUCCGGGUAACAACACGAAGCAAAGAGCGCCACUUCUCCAUGUUCCUCAGCAUCGAUAAGGCCUUCCAGAUCAUGGAACAGCUGGCAGACAUCACAAUCCGAAGGCUGCUGGACAACGAGGUGUUUGAGCUAGACCAGUCUCUGCAGGAGCCAGCACACAUAACCAAGAGGGUCCUGGAGGAGAGGGCCCAAAAGGAGUACUUCCGUGCUCUGUUCCGGCUGCCUCGGCAGGAGAGACUGCUGGAGGUGGUGAAGUGCUCCCUCUGGACGCCCUUCAGCCGCUGUCACACUGCAGGAACAGUGUAUACCUCCGACAGCUACGUCUGCUUUGUCAGCAAAGAAGAGGGGUGCUGCACCCUGGUCAUUCCGCUCAGGGAGGUGAUCUCAAUAGAAAAGAUGGAGAACACCAGCCUCUUGCCCAACCCGGUUAUCAUCAGCAUACGGAGCAAGAAGGCAUUUCAGUUCAUCGAGAUCGAAAACAGAGACAGCCUGGUGGAGAGUAUGAGCCAGCGCCUGGAGAGUGUGCAGCGUAAACAACAGACAUGCCGCAAAAAGACAAGGAGCAAGGAGCUGAUCUCUCCUCUACCAUAUUACUCAUUAUACUACGAUGACAUGUGUACAGAUAGCGAGCCCAUCGAGCCAACUGGAAAACAGAACAGACAUUCGCUAAAUGAAGAAGCUUUAAUGUCUACUUUUCAUCACACUGAACCUGAAACUUCAAACUCCAAAGUUACAAUGGAGCAGGUUAAAGAGGGUCUGUGGCAGGAUCAUUUUUCGGAGUAUGGCCGAAGCUGCAUGUUCCGAACGGAGAAGAUCAGAAAACUGGUUGCCAUGGGGAUCCCUGAGUCUCUGAGAGGGGAGCUGUGGCUGACUUUUUCAGAUGCUAUCACUGAUCUUGCCUCCCAUCCUGACUAUUAUGCUAAUCUUGUGGAGGAAUCCAUGGGCAAGUGUUGCAUGGCAACUGAGGAGAUUGAACGUGACCUGCAUCGAUCUCUGCCAGAGCACCCGGCAUUCCAGAAUGAGACGGGGAUAGCAGCCUUACGCAGAGUCUUGACAGCUUACGCUUACAGGAAUCCUAAAAUUGGAUACUGCCAGUCCAUGAAUAUCUUAGCCUCUGUGCUGCUGCUGUAUGCCAAAGAAGAGGAAGCCUUCUGGCUGCUGGUUGCAGUGUGCGAGAAGAUGCUGCCAGAUUACUUCAAUCGGCGAGUCAUUGGAGCCCAGGUAGACCAGUCUGUGUUUGAGGAGCUGAUUAAGGAACGCCUCCCUGAGCUGUCGGAGCCUUCCACAGACCUGUCCGCCCUCUCCUCCAUCUCGCUCUCCUGGUUCCUCACCCUCUUCCUCAGCAUCAUGCCCUUCGAGAGUGCCAUCCGUGUGGUAGACUGCUUCUUCUUUGAAGGCAUCAAAGCCAUUUUCCAGCUGGGCCUGGCCGUGAUAGAUGCCAAUGCAGUGGAUCUUUGCAACAGCAAGGACGAUGGGCAAGCUAUGAUGAUACUAACCAGAUUUCUAGACCACGUCAAAAACCAGGAAAGUCCCUUGCCCCCCAUUACCAAUCAGCACGCCUGUUUUGAAGAUGACAAGGAAUCUUUCCAGGAGACAGAAAUAGCUGACCUCAUCAGGGAUUCUUAUGAGAAAUUUGGAGACAUGACAGUGGAGCAGAUUGAACGUCUGCGAUGCAGACACAGAAUACGUGUGCUGCAAACUCACGAAGACACUGCCAAGGAAAAUACACUGAGAGUUGUGGCACCAGACAUUUUGCUGACACUAGAAGAAUUAGGAGAAGUGUAUGACUUGUUCAAGAGAGAGCAUUUUAUAAACUGUUACUGGGGUGAGAAUGUGCCGGUGCUGCAGUACCACGAGCCCAGUCUGCAGUAUGUGGACCAGUACAGGAUAGACCGGCCACAGUUCAAGAGCCUGUACAACCUGCUGUCACCAUGGAUGUGUGGGGUCCACACGAACACUGUGGCGCACAGGGCUUUCCGCCUGCUGGACGAGAACAUGGACUCACUCAUCAACUUCAAAGAGUUUGCAGUUUGUCUGGAUACAAUGUACUGUGAAGAGCUGAAUGAAAAAAUCCGACUGCUAUACAGGCUGCAUAUCCCCCCUGCUCUUACCGAAAAUGAUGGAGAGGAACAAUCACCCCUAAAGACACCCUUGUUGUCAACUACGAGGCCUUUGUGUGUAGCUCCCUCCAAUGGUGAGGCCAAUGAUUACCAAGAGCAGUUGAGACAAAUGCUGAAGGAUCUCGCCAAAGACAAAGAGAAGAACAAUGAGAAAGAAUUGCCCACCAUGAACCAGAGAGAAUUCAUCCAGUUCUGUAAAACGUUGUACAGCAUGUUCCACGAGGACCCGAAUGAAAAUGAACUGUGCCAAGCUAUCGCCACGGUGACCACGCUGCUGCUUCAGAUUGGGGAAGUGGGACAGAGAAUCCGCAGCCUGGGAAGCACGUCCGAGGAGUCCUCUGGCAACGAUGACGGCGGAGAUGCAGCAGCGUGCUCCAGAGUGCCAGAGGAAGACUCUGUGUUCAUGGACACCAGAGACACGGCUAGGAAAAACUCCCAAACAUCAACACUCACUGAAGGAGAAUGGACUGUGACGUUCGAGCAGAUCUUGGCUUCUCUUCUCACAGAGCAGUCGCUGGUUAACUUCUUCGAGAAACCAGUGGACUUGAAGACCAAAAUCGAAAGUGCAAAACUAAACCAGUAUGAUCAGAGAAUAGCCCCAUUGUUGUUUGAGUAGUCUAGAGGUGGGCUACUUGAACUUGAGUGUGUGAUUUUUCUUCAAUGUCUUUUAUGAUAGACCACAGGGACAUUCUGUGUUCUCAGAAAUAUUACCUGUAUGUGCCAUUAAUUUUAAAUUUUGCCUUUUAUUUAAAAAAUGUACAUAAAACCCUGUAAUUAUGCAAGUUUCAUAUUGCCUGACAAUGGAAACUGUUUUUUUUUUGCAGUGGUUUUACAGAAUUCUAAUGUGAUUUUUAUUUCCGUCCUCCAAGCACUUUCCAAUAAACUUGUUUCAAUGCUGGUAAUUGAAACUUGAAAACAUGUAUAUUAGUGUUUACUAAUAUGAAGUCUGUCAAUCUUAAUAGUUGUUAAAUGUCAAGUGUACAUUGACUACUGUGCUUUUUGACAUUGUUCGGUGGACAGUUUGAUGUGCUAUUUCAAUAAAAAUAAUCACUUUUUACUAA